UUUAUAGCUGUUAGCUUUUGUCUAUAACAAGAUUAACAUUUUGCCGUACUUUUUGUUUAUAUUUUACCAGUUUUAUAAAUUACGCAAAAUAAAUCAUGAAUAAUUCAAAAAUAAAGAAAAUGCGCAUACCGGUUGAAUUGCAACAAUUACAAAAAUCACAAAAGGAACAUGGCAUACGUUGCAACACUUUAUCCACAUCCCCGGAUGAUUUUACUGCUUUGGAAGCUUAUAUACCUGGUCCCAAAGGUUCGCCUUAUGAAGAGGGUACUUUUAAGAUGUCUAUAACUUUUGGUGAACAAUAUCCCUUUCGACCGCCCACCUUUAAAUUUAUUACACCCGUUUAUCAUCCUAACAUAGACAGUGCGGGAAAAAUUUGUUUGGAUCUUUUACGUAUGCCGCCAACUGGUUCCUACAAUCCCGCCAUUACUUUGGAGUCUAUAUUGUUGUCGAUACAACUUCUAUUGGCCAAUCCCAAUCCGGAUGAUCCUUUACAGGGUGAUGCUGCCGAUUUAUUUAAAUCUAAUCGUGAACUUUAUAAUCAAAAAGCUAGGGAGUUUGUUAAACAACAUGAAGUCAAGAAAGUUGUUGAUAGCGGGGAUUUUAAGGAAAACGAUGUUCCUGCUGAGAAUCACGAAGUGAAAAAGAAAAAGCUUAAACUUAGCUGUAAAUAAGAAAUGCUGUAAUCUAAAACGUGUUGUUAGAAUAAAGAAUUUUUAUUAUAUUUACAUAGGUACAUAUAUAAAUAUUUACUAAAUUACAAAAAAA